AUGCGUCUCACGAGCGAGCGUAGCUGGGCAAAGAUGGCGGCGGGCUCCGAUUUGCUGGAUGAUGUUUUCUUCAACACAGAGGUGGACGAAAAAGUAGUUAGUGAUAUAGUCGGAUCUCUGGAGUCUGAGCUAACAGGAGCAGGGCAAGUCAACACAGCGACCAGGGUCCAGUCUGCAGCAAAUCACACCGGCAACUCAGCUAUAGGGAGUAAUUCCAAUGUUCAGGGCAGCAAAAUGGGACUUUCACAACAAGAGCUUGCUAAAGCAGGGACAGGAGUGCAAGGAGGUGUCAUUAACAGUACGGGGUCCCACGGUUCAAGCAUGGAUGGAGCAGCCGGGACCACAGCGAGCAUGACAGCCGCUCAGACUCAGUCCAAGCCGGGGACAGCUAGCGGAGUCGUUACGGUAGUGUCUGAUGUUAGGAAACCUGUAACGACUGGUGCUCAAACUUUGAAUGGAAGUGCCGUGGUGAUGAACUGUCAUGUCACGGGAGGCGGCUCACAGCCCGCUGUCACGCUUGUCAACAACGGACCUGUUUCAGUGAGCAAAGGAGGCGCAACAGUUUUAUCCGCAGCACCCAGUACUAUUAUACGAACUUCUUCGACGACUGCGAGUGCUGUGAUCUCCUCUCAGCCCUCUGUGAAAACUGUACCCACUGUCACGCUGGUGAGGCCACCUAUGCAAACUCCCACGAACACCUCACAAAGCGGCGGCAACCCCACCACAGUUUUAACAUCAGCAGCCGUCAGUGUCAUGAGCACUGCUGGCUCUGCUGUGAACAAGUUUGACUCCACAAAGACUAUAAUGCAGACUGGUGCGCACAUCGUGGCUUCAACUGUUGCGACAGGGACAACAGCGACCCUGAGGAGCCCGACUGUUCUGCAGAACUUGAGGACUUCAGUACCGUCAACAAUCGCUGCCACUCCUCCUGCUGGAAUACGAGCUAUUGCUCCACAGGUGUUGGCCCCACGACUCACCCAGCCUCAACCAAACGCCCCAAACAUCCAAAACAUCCAGCUCCCUCCAGGCAUGGUCUUGGUCCGCAGCGAGAGCGGGCAGCUGCUGGUGAUUCACCAGCAAACCUUGGCCCAGAUGCAGGCUCAGUCGCAGUCCCAAAGCGCCAUGACACCACGGCCUGCAGCCCCCACCAGCACUCCACCUGUCCAGAUCACCUCACUACAGGCUCCAGGCGCAUCACUGCUGGCCCGUCCCGUUACCCCCACCACCAUUAUUAAACAAGGUUCCACAGUCCAGACCACUGUGACGGCCACCACGACACUGCAGAGGCCUCCUGUACUGCAGAACACCAUCAUGCUGGGAGGGACUGCCGCCACCCCGGGACAGCCGCUAGGAACGCCGACCACCGUGCAGCCUGGAUCUGCAGCCACAGCAGUUACACAGAGGGUAACUGGGACCCCUGUCACUCCAACAGCUAUCACAGCUGAGACACUGGAGAAUGUAAAAAAGUGUAAAAACUUUUUGUCCACGUUGAUCAAGCUGGCGUCCAGUGGGAAACAGUCCUCUGAGACUACGGCCAACGUCAAGGAGCUGGUCAAGAACUUGCUGGAAGCAAAGAUAGAGCCUGAAGAUUUCACCAGUCAGUUAUACCGGGAACUCAACUCCUCACCACAGCCGUACCUUGUGCCUUUCCUGAAGAGAAGCCUCCCAGCACUGCGUCAGAUGACCCCAGACUCCGAGGCCUUCAUCCAGCAGAGCUUGCUGCCCAGCACUCAGACUACUGCAGCAGCCUCCACAGCCCUCACCGCUGUGGUACUACGACCUCCUCUCUCCACGGCCACCACUGCGGCCACCAGCACUGCAGUGACCAAAACCACAGUCAUCAGCCUCACUCAGACGCCUCACAGUAAACCUGGACUGUUAGUGCCCCAGCAACAGGGGACGAUUGUGAGGCCACAGGUGACGCUGGCUCAGUCUCCCAUGGUAACACUCAGAGGACAAUCUCAUAGCCGCAUCAUUGUGGGCCAGCCGCAGGUGGUCAAACAGCUACAGACAGCUGUGAAGCAGACGUUGGCACCAGGGGUCAAAGGAGUACAAGUCAUCAGUCAGGCGUCUCUUGCUGCUGCUCAGAAGAACAAGCUGAAGGAAGCAGGAGGGGGAACCUUCAGGGACGAUGAUGAUAUCAAUGAUGUGGCGUCCAUGGCAGGAGUCAACUUGUCUGAGGAGAGUGCCCGUAUCUUAGCAACUAACUCGGAGCUCGUCGGCACGGUGACUCGUUCCUGUAAGGACGAGACCUUCCUCUCCACCUCUUUACUCACCCGCAGAGCUCUGGAGAUCGGUAGGAAGUUUGGCGUCAGUGAGCUUGGCGCGGACGUGAUCAACUACAUAUCUCACGCUACGCAGCAGCGACUACAAAACCUGCUGGAAAAGGUGUCACAAGUGGCACAGCAGAAAAACACAUCCUUCAAGGAGGACGAGCGGUGUGAGCAGGUCAGCGAUGUGCGAGCCCAGCUUAAAUUCUUCGAGCAGCUGGAUCAGAUGGAGAAACAAAGGAAGGAGGAGCAGGAGAGGGAGAUUCUCCUAAAGGCUGCAAAGUCUCGGUCACGGCAAGAGGACCCUGAGCAGCUCAGACUUAAACAAAAGGCCAAAGAGAUGCAGCAGCAGGAGCUGGCUCAGAUCAGACAAAGAGAAGCCAACCUAACGGCGCUGGCAGCAAUUGGCCCGAGGAAGAAACGGAAAAUGGACUCUCCUGUUCGGGGCACCAGCGCAGAGGGCUCAGGGUCAGGCCCCUCUCAGCCUGGAGGCCCCAGUGGAGCAGGCUCCAGACAGUUUAUGCGACAGCGCAUCACCAGAGUCAACCUUAGGGACCUGCUCUUCUGCCUGGAGAAUGAAAGAGGGACCAGUCACUCACACCUGCUCUAUAAAGGCUUCCUCAAAUAGCACCUGCACUAAAAUGACUAGUCUCGCUCAGUGGCAUUAAGGAAGCAGAGUUGACUGUCAGCUCAGACCCUUUGUGCCGGUACUUCCUUUGAUCACCCACUGCUGAAUGAUGAGGCGUCUGUCUGUGGGAGGAGAAUUAUCUGGAACACUGAAGACACGUCGUCUUUUAAAAGCCUCCUCAAGCACAAGUCUUUUGUAUUUUCAGAGGAGCAAAUAUUUGAACUCGGCUCUGAUUUUAGCGUGCCUCUCAGCUCGGUUUGCUCUUCAGAGACCAGUUGCACCCAACCACACUUCACUCAUGCACUGCCUCAUGCUGCACACAAGGAAAAAAAAAUGUCUUAAACUGAACUGAGCACUUCAAAUCCGAAGACCUUGUCGGUGUUAUUUGCACUGACAUCUGUGUUGUAGCAGCAAAUCUCUGUGAAGUGGUUCCAUGCAACAUUCAGGUGUAACAGCCUGCUCUUACAAAACUGCAGUAAUGCUAAUGUUCUUCACCAUGUUAGCAUAAGCACUCUGUUUAUUUAAGUUCCUAACAGAGAUUUUAAUUUAUCACACAUUUAUACUAUAUUUUAGCACAGUUUCAGCGCCUGUGGAUUUUUUUUUCCCAGAGACUAAUCUUGACUAGCCUUGUCAUCUGCUGAGUUGCCUUCUUAACAGAUUAAGCCAUAUGGAUUAGAAUGUGUUGAUCAGCUUCAGUGACUUCAUCUUUCCAACACUUCUCUCCAGAUUUUGUGGGAUGUUUGCUUUGUUGUUUUGUUGUGCACCUCCUUUGUUUGUCUUUGCUUGAUUGGAAAGAAGAAUGAUUGUUUUUGUGUCAUGUGUUGCGCAUGAUGUAAUCACAGGUGUUGGUAUUUCAAACUCUGGCUACUGAAGCUCUUUUUUUUUUUUUAAUUUACUGUGCGAGUUCCUGACACAGUUGCUGAAAGCGACAUUUCACCUUUAACUCAGAUUGUAGCACAUUUACUACAAAGGCGGGAUAUACUUUACAUUCCUAUCGAUCAUUUCUGAAGCUCAGCACACUCGCUGAGAUUUGUUUUCACCUUGCCAGCAGUCAGCAGUUACCAUUCAUUUCUUUAGCGAUGGUAGAAAAUGCAACUGAACCUUUUAUCACAGUGAACAUUCUCUCCAAGACGGUUGUUGUUUCGCACUUUAUCAUUGCACACAAAAAGUCUGCAGAUGUUCUAGUGUGUUAAAGGGGGCUUAAUAUGCUUUUCCUUGUUUCCUGUCAUGUAUAUAAUGUUGCAUUGUUGGAUGCUCAUAUUAAACGUGGCCAAAGUUCCAAGUAACGAGGUAAACUCAUGUUAAAGUAAUUCCUGUGAGCAUAAACCUCAGGCAUCACAAUGUUUUUUUCUGCACUGGCUAAAAGCUGAACUCAGCUUGUAACCAAUUUCUUCAUAUAAUCAUUUGCUUUAGCCAAGUGCUGCAUUACAAACACUGCUACAUGUAGCUUUAUGCUAACAUCAGGGAUGUAAUCUUUGGGGCCGUACACAUGCUGUGUCUUUAACCAUCUGGAAAACGUGAGGUUAGCCGCUGGGCCCCACUUGUGUGCCUUUUUUUUGUGCCAGCUUUCAAGAAUGCGUCAGCAGGUACCAUAGCCCGUUUACCAAAAAUCCUGAGUGUAUGGGCCUAUCGUCCGUGGGACAGAUGAAAACCUCUGGCAACUCUGCACCAAAAUAAACAACCUCUCCAUAUUUAUCACAGACUGGUAUUUACGGAAGAAGGGAAAGAUGUCUGUCGGCUGUGAUUCGUUCGUCCUUGUCACAUGACUGCUGCUUCAUUCCAAAAGUUGAGCUCGAGUGCAGCUGUCUCGCCUUGAAAAAUGGUCGCUUGGGAACGCAUACAUGCCACGACUGCAUCCCUCUGGCAUUUGUGUGCGCCUGCCUUGCGUCUACAUUGAAAACAAUGAAUUUGAAGGCGCAAAAAACGUGGCAUGUGUACAGCCCCUUAGUUGCGAUGUUCAUUUUUCCCUGAUUUCGAAUCACAGUCCUGUUGGAACAUGUCGAGUUAUGAAGAUUUUGGUUCUGAGGCAGAGAGCUGCUAUACUCCGUCGUCCUCUAUACAGGCGUUCGCAGACUGCAAUAAUGGUGCAGAGCAUGGAUGUUCUUUAAUACAUCGAUGGUACAGAGAUGCUGAGACCACUGAUUUGGAAGACCAAGAAACACUGACAAAUCAGAGCAGACUGGGCUUUUUCAGAAGGAGGCCUUAAAAAGACAGGUGCUAAACUAGAGCGUUUCAGAUAGAGGGUAGAUGCCAAGCGGCAACCACCGGGGCUGACAGAUUUAGCUAAUAAGGAAGUGCCAAAAUCUGCUGUUUUGUUGACUAGAGGCUGACUCCAGGGAGACAAUGCCCAUAGACCCGCCUGUUAAAAAUGGCUGACUUUACAGCAGAAAUAAACAUGUUUACAGACCGGUACAAUUUUUUUUUUGGUCUAUAGCUAAUUUCCUCUGUCGUGUUAACUGUACUGGGUGUUAUUUUUUAUAUAACUCACCCGUUUGUUUUAUUAAGGCUUUAAGUUAUGUGUAAUUAUGGGCAUGGCAGCUCUGAUUGAUUGAUUGUCAGCUUCUCAGUCGGAUCCGCCCCUCACUUCUCCACAGCUCCAACCUCUCGCCCAAAUAUGGUCACAUCUGGCCCAAAAAAAAGCAAGAUGGUGACAGCUGAAAUGCCAAAACAGGAGUCCACAAACCAACAGGUGAUGUCACAGUAGCUUUAUCCAUUUUUUUUUUAUGGGGACCACAGGUGGCCCAGCACAGACAAUUUGAACAUUAAAGCAAUGUUCAACUAUGAACCUGAAAAUGAGCAUAAUGUGUCCCCUUUAAAUGCACUGAAACCUCGUUGCCUGCUGAUUUAGAAGAUCCAAGCAUAAUGAAACAUUAACAUUAUGAAAAUUAUCAUUUAGAUUUGGCUCUGUGUUUCUUGAAUAAUUACCAAGAAGCUUUCAAGUCAUUUUCAUGCCUUUCAUAAGUGUCACCCAAAGAGAUUUAGACUUUAAAGUAAGCUUUGACUGAAAUAUCCUUGGGCAGGAUGUUCACUGUGAUGAAUCUCAAGCACAUUUUUGUCUUUUCAUUUGUACCAUAAUAAAAAAAGAUAAUGGAAAUGGAUGGUUAAAUGGAUAAAAAGAUAUUGAAAAUAAUAUGGUCUAAAUGAAGUGGUUGUCAGUAAUGUAAAGUAUCCAGGCUGUGUAAUUCAUAGGCUAUAAUGUGUAUUUUCAAACUUUUAUUUUGGAGAAAUGAGUCCCGGUAAUGUUAAUAAUUAGUCAUUUAAGUGAGUCACACAUUUUCCAAUAAGUUGUUUGUCCACAUUUUUAUAUUUAUGAAUGAUGGAGGUCAUGUUGGUAAACAUGGAGCAUGUAAUGCAGAACGAGGACUGCACUUUGACAGAUCACUUUUCUAAAAACUAGUUGAUCCGAUGAACAUACCCACUUUAUAACUUUUUAUAUUUUUAGUGCACAUACUAAUUUUGGUCUUUAUACCUUUGUCAUUUUAUGAAAGAAUGUUUAUCGGCAGAUUUUAUUACUGUAUAUAUUUAAGUUUGCUAUUUGUAGAUUUAUCCGUUGAUGACUUCAAAUCGGGCAAAUCUGUCUUACUUUUCAUACGCAGUAGAUAUGACAAAUAAGACAAAUAUAUGAUUCUUUCUUGCCAAUAUCUUGUACAUUUUGCACAGCCUCUUGUUUAUAUGUAAAUAUCUGAAUUUAAAAAAAAAGUUUUUAAUUGCUAUUUUAUAAUGGAUUGAAAGAGUAUGAUCUCUAUUAAAACAA